CCCCGAGUGAUUGGUGGGCGGCGGCGUUUUCUUCCGCCGGGAAGGGCCCCGGAGGCGGGGAUUUGUGGGGGACAGUUGAGACACGAUUACCAGGUUGGGCGGUCACCAUCUGGGCGGGGUUUGUGGGUGAACUCUGGGUCCCCCGCCCGCUGAGGAGAUGGAUGAGGAUGGGCUUCCUCUCAUGGGGUCAGGCAUAGACCUGACCAAGGUGCCAGCUAUUCAACAGAAAAGAACAGUGGCUUUUCUAAACCAAUUUGUGGUGCACACUGUACAGUUCCUCAACCGCUUUUCUACAGUUUGUGAGGAGAAACUGGCAGACCUUUCACUUCGUAUCCAACAAAUUGAAACAACUCUCAAUAUUUUAGAUGCAAAGUUGUCAUCUAUCCCAGGCCUAGAUGAUGUCACAGUUGAAGUAUCUCCUUUAAGUGUCACAAGUGUCACAAAUGGAGCACAUCCUGAAGCCACUUCAGAGCAACCACAGCAGAACAGUACACAAGACUCUGGACUACAGGAAAGUGAAGUAUCAGCAGAAAAUAUCUUAACUGUAGCCAAGGAUCCAAGAUAUGCCAGAUAUCUCAAAAUGGUUCAAGUGGGUGUACCAGUGAUGGCAAUAAGAAACAAAAUGAUAUCAGAAGGACUAGACCCAGAUCUUCUUGACCCCAGAUGGGACAGACCAUCUAAAUGCAGGAAAACAAGCUGAGAGCUCCAACUGAUUCCACAUUAUGUGCCUCCUCGUGCCCAUAGAAGGAUUCCAGCUUCUUGGUCCUUCACUGCCCAACCCAGUUUAGUGGCUGGCCACUGCACAGAGAGGAUCCUCCACACUACCUGAGCCCUGAUGUCUCUGGCUCCAAAGGACACAGCUCUGUUCAUCCCCUCCCCUGAGGCCCAUCAUGAGUUGCUGUGGCUGUGGAAGCCUGCCGUCCUGGGAUGGAGACUCUUCCCACUGCCCUGUCCCUUCAGUUUCAGCAGGAGCAUGAUCCUGCUCCAUGUGGAUCCCUGAAGCAGCAGAUCUGGAACCUCCUGUAAUGCUGGGGCCUUCAGGAACCACAAGAAACCCAUCUCAGUGAUGAAUCCUGGACUUUUAUUCCCCCUUGGGACAGUCCUGGUUUCAAACAUUUACCUUGAAAAGAGCACUCAACAGCUGCCACGUGGCUGCCCUGAGGUUUGGGCUGAAACAACAUGACCAUUAUACCUA